UUCAUUGCACAGAAAUAUACCACAACACUUUCCUAUGUUGGUAUUUGAGCAGGACAAUGACGGACCUUUCAAAACAAGCGAGUGUGGCUGUGGGGAAAACCAAUUCUACAUUAUCUUAGUGGACGAGACUUUGACUAUCCUGGACAAUCAUUAAACUAACUCCCGUACAGAAGGUAUCCAGUAGCUUCAUUGACUUUAAAACACUGGCUGAUGUUAGUUAGAAUGGAAUUGUGUUUGUGAGUGUGUAUACUUUUUGCAAUGCUGUGGUCUUUACUCACAUUUGUAAGGGGACGUUAUAUGAAGACAACAGUUAAUGUUUACACAUGGAUGGAUAUUCGAGAGACUCCAAGCAAAAACAAGGCUUAUAGGAGAUUGAAGAUAAGAGAUGAUUAUUCCUGAGGUGUAGACUAUUUAUGUGCAGGAGGCUGCUCAGGCACAGCAUCACCACUUCCACCUAUCUCAAGUCGCUGAUGCAGAAGAGAGCACAUAAAUAAGAAAAGUUCUUUUGUGACUUCCUUUGUUUUUUUCUUUGAUAGGUCUGAAAGUGACUUGGAGCCUUCUGAAGAUGAAGACUGCAGCGAUCACCUGCGGCCUCCUCCUCCUCCUCAUCUUCAACCCAGCAGCACCAACCUGCAUGCCCACAGAUUUCACUUUGUACGUGGAGAAGCCAGAGUGUGACUUCUGUGUGGCCAUCAACACCACCAUCUGUGUGGGCUUCUGCUACUCCAGGGACAGCAACAUGCGGGACAUAUUUGGCUCACGCUUCCUCAUCCAGAGAGGCUGCACCUACCAGAAGGUGGAGUACCGUACGGCCCAGCUGCCCGGAUGUCCCCUCUCCACCAACGCUGCCUUCACCUACCCAGUGGCCCUCAGCUGCCACUGUGGAGCGUGUCGCACUGACAGCGACCAGUGCGCCCACAGGGCCGGUGGGGGCGGGGCUAGAUGCUCUAAGGCGGUCAGACACAUGUUUACUGACACUGACAGUCUAAUGCUCCCUCUUUGA